CACCUUUCCACCAUGGCUGCACCAGCCGACCGUUCUUCGAACCUGGAUGUUGACCAGGAGCUGCUCGCAAGCAUUGACUCCUCGAUCAUUGGCUAUAUUAGGCAAAAUUCCAUUGACCUUGACCCAUCUGACAUUGACUUCUCCCUGGCGCCUAUCCCCGAAGGCGAUGAAGGCUCGGAGGCUGUUCAAGCCAUUGGGCCUGAUCAAGGAGCCCACAUUGGCCCUGGGCCAGACAGCAGGGGGCACAUUCUGAUGCCGGAUCGGAUCUACAAAUAUGAGUGGAAUGUCUAUGAUCACGCCAAUGCCUUCGUCGAAAUGUUUAUCGCCAGGAAUCUCCUGGAGGUGUACGAGUUGAGGCAGCGAUGGUUGAAUGACAAUACCAUAACCGGCCCAAAGUGGAAACGGUGGACGGCGCUGAAUCCAAAGAACGAUUACGACUCUCUUCUGUGUCGAAUCAUGGAGAGGUUUGCGCCCAGGCCUCUCGCGUGGGGGAGGCUAAAGGAAGACGACGGGUACGACAAUCUUCUCAAUCAUAUAGCCGGACUCUUUGACUCCAAGGUUUUCGGGGAUCAGUCUGUCUUCGAGCGCGAGCAUGUAAAGGCAAUUGUCGAGCGUAUGCUCGAGUCUGAGAGACCCCUGUUGUCAAGGGCAGCCAGAAAACUCCUAGAGAGGCUGGGGCUGGGGGCCUGCGUCAGGACGAGACGCCCUUGA